ACAUUUUAUUAGUUCAACCACAUUAAUAAAAUACGUCUUUCAUUACAUUAUCUUUUCCCAUCAAAAAACACCACCACCAUCGUGAUUGCUCUCACUCGGUCUUCCCUUUAAAUUUGCUCGCCACCACAACCAACAAUUAUCAGAAACCUUAAUCUUCAAUGGCGCCCAUUCUCACGUUGUUUCUAUGGCUACUCUCUCUCUCACUUUCUUCUGCUAAGUCAACAUUCCAUGAAGCAACUUACAUAAUCAGAGUCAAACAUGACGCCAAGCCUUCCAUAUUCCCUACUCACAAGCACUGGUACGAGUCAUCUCUCUCUUCUCUUACCCCAAACGCCGGUAAAUCAACCAUCACUACCACUCGUAUCCUCCACACUUACGACACCGUUUUCCACGGCUUCUCAGCUAAGCUCUCGCAGACUGAGGUUCUUACUCUGCAGACACUCCCUCAUAUUAUUGCGGUUAUACCAGAAAGGAUACGGCGCGUGCAUACCACGCGGUCUCCUCAGUUUCUUGGACUCAAGACCACCGACAGUGCUGGGCUACUCAAGGAGCCUGACUUCGGGUCCGAUCUUGUUAUUGGAGUUAUUGAUACCGGAAUCUGGCCUGAGCGUCAGAGCUUCAGGGACCACGAUCUCGGACCGGUGCCGUCGAAGUGGAAGGGGCAGUGCACGACUACUUCGGAUUUCCCUGCUACGAGCUGUAACAGAAAAUUGAUCGGUGCGAGGUUCUUUAGUAAUGGAUAUGAAGCCACGAAUGGGAAGAUGAAUGUAUCCACAGAGUACCCGUCUCCCCGGGACGCUGAUGGCCACGGAACCCACACGGCGUCAAUUGCUGCAGGAAGGUACGUUUUCCCGGCUUCAACACUUGGAUACGCACGGGGCGUGGCGGCCGGAAUGUCGCCGAAGGCUAGACUCGCUGCCUACAAAGUAUGCUGGAAUGCCGGCUGUUACGACUCCGACAUUCUCGCCGCUUUUGACGUUGCCGUCGCUGAUGGUGUCGAUGUAAUUUCACUCAGUGUUGGUGGUGUUGUGGUGCCGUAUUAUCUGGACUCGAUUGCAAUUGGCGCGUUCGGAGCUAUGGAAAACGGCGUUUUUGUCUCAGCUUCUGCUGGGAACGGCGGUCCUGGUGGACUUACAGUGACCAAUGUCGCGCCGUGGGUCACUACAGUUGGUGCUGGAACCAUGGAUAGAGACUUUCCCGCGGAUGUGAAGCUUGGAAAUGGUAAAACCAUACCUGGGGUUAGUGUUUAUGGUGGGCCGGGUCUGUCCCCGGGUCUGAUGUCUCCGGUAGUGUAUGCUGGUAGUGAGGGGGGAGGAGAUGGGUACUCCGCUUCUUUGUGCCUUGAAGGUUCGUUGGACCCCAAAUUCGUGAAAGAUAAGAUUGUGUUGUGCGAUAGAGGAAUCAAUUCAAGAGCUCAAAAAGGUGAGGUUGUGAAGAAAGCUGGAGGUUUAGGGAUGAUUUUAGCAAAUGGAGUCUUUGAUGGUGAAGGCUUGGUUGCAGAUUGCCAUGUCUUGCCUGCCACAUCGGUUGGUGCCUCAGGUGGCGAUGAGAUUAGGAAAUACAUUUCAGCAGCAUCAAAAUCUAGGUCACCACCAACAGCAACAAUAGUUUUCAAGGGAACUAAGCUUGGAGUUAAGCCGGCACCAGUUGUGGCAUCAUUCUCUGCCCGGGGUCCUAACCCAGAAACCCCAGAGAUUUUGAAACCUGAUGUGAUUGCACCUGGAUUGAAUAUCCUUGCAGCUUGGCCUGAUAAAGUUGGGCCAUCUGGGAUUGCAUCGGAUAAGCGAAGAACCGAGUUCAACAUUCUUUCGGGUACUUCAAUGGCUUGCCCACACGUUUCAGGGCUCGCGGCAUUGUUAAAGGCAGCUCACCCCGAAUGGAGUCCUGCCGCGAUAAGGUCAGCAUUGAUUACAACAGCUUAUACAGUUGAUAAUCGUGGCGAAACAAUGCUUGAUGAGUCUACUGGUAACACAUCCUCAGUGUUAGAUUUUGGUGCUGGUCAUGUUCAUCCAACAACGGCCUUGGAUCCCGGGUUAAUCUACGAUAUAGGAGAGUUUGAUUAUGUCGACUUCUUGUGCAACUUGAAUUAUACCACGAACAACAUCCAGGUGAUCACAAGGAAAAAUGUAGACUGUAGUGGAGCAAAAAGGGCUGGUCAUGUGGGUAAUCUGAAUUACCCUUCACUGUCCGUUGUGUUUCAACAAUAUGGCAAACACAAGUUGUCUACUCAUUUUAUUCGAACGGUGACUAAUGUUGGUGAAGCAAAGUCUGUGUACAAAGUUACAGCAAGACCGCCCCGCGGAACAACAGUCACAGUGCAACCAGAGGAGCUUGUGUUCAGGAGGGUAGGUCAGAAACUGAACUUCCUUGUUAGGGUGCAAACUGAAGCAGUUAAGCUCUCCCCGGGGAACUCUAAUGUAAAGAGUGGUUCAAUAGAGUGGUCAGAUGGGAAGCACUUUGUCACUAGUCCCUUGCUAGUGACAUUGCAACAGCCUCUGUAGUUUGGUAUUCCCCCUUUUUUGGGAGGUUUUGGGUUGCAGAAUAUUUGGUCUCUUCUUUAUAGUAUUGUGAAAGAAUGCCUAUCUUCCCAAUUAUAGUGGGAAUGUUUGGCCGUUUUGUGAUCUAUAUAUAAAGAAGCAACAGGUGUUUAUGUUUGUAAUGGGCAAGGAAGAUGUAAGAUUUUCCUAGCUAGAGAGUUGAAGAUGUAGUAGUACUUUGUUGUAAAAUUAAGAAUCAAGAAUGUAGAAGUGCAACGUUGAGAAGAAGUUCUCUCUUUUCUUUUUCA